CUCCCGCUCUCUCCGCCUUGACGGAUUUCUCCCCUCGAGGCUCCGCCCCCCCCGGACUCUCGCGGCGGCGUUCUUGGAAGCCGUAAUCGCUCCCUGGAAGAGGCUCUUCUUGGAAGGCGCGGACGCUGCGCGCUGCGAUGCUCUUCCCGCCCAGCCUUGGCCCGAGACUCCUCGUGCUUUCUUCACUGCUUGCCGGCAUCCUGAGUGAUUGUGGCCCUCCACCAGUCAUUCGCAAUGGAGUCCCUCAUAAGAAUAUUGAGGGCACAUCUUUCCCUCCAGGCUCAACAGUAAUUUACAAGUGUGUGGGCAACUUUUUUAAUAUCUAUGGAAAACUAGAUGUUGUAACAUGUCUUCCAGAUUCAAAGUGGACACACAUAGAACAGUUUUGUGUGGGCAGUUGCAUGAGCCCACCAAGGUCUGCAUUUGCUCAAGUAAAGAAAGGGCAAAGGAAGGAUUACUAUAUUGCCAACACCACUGUGGCCUAUAUCUGCCGCCAAGGUUACGACACUAUCCCUGAAAUAACUCCUGUUAUUACUUGCCGUGAGAAUUACACUUGGACACAAAUCCCAACUUUUUGUAAAGGAAAAUCAUGUGGUGAUCCAGGAAAGCCAGAACAUGGUGAUGCUGUUAUUCUAACUAAUCUCCUGUAUUUGGCAAAAGUAAAUUUCACAUGUGAAGAUGGGUACAGAUUAAAUGGAUCACCUACUACUCAGUGUCAGUGGAAGAAAGAUCAUGUUGAAUGGAGCCAGAAGCCUCCAGAAUGUCAACGACUAAUUGAAAAACCCACAGAAGAUAGAACUACAAAGACAACAGGGCAAACUGUGCCACCAACAAGAGGUAGUGCUACAAAUAAUACAGGUGAUUGCACCCAUCCAAAUGUACCUAAUGCAAGUCUAAGGAGCGGCGACCCAAAAGACAGUUAUACUGUUGGGACUGUUUUGAGCUACCGUUGCAUUCCAGGUUAUGAGCCUAUGCCUGGAGAGACUCUUUCUCUUACGUGUCUUGACACUUCAAAAUGGUCAACAGAAAAUCCAAAGUUUUGUCGAGGAAGGCUAUGUCCUACUAUAACUUUAGAUAAUGGCAGAAUAAUAAAAGCAACAGACUUGCGACUAGGUGAUGAAAUAACUCUAGGCUGUGAUGAGGGGUUCAGAAUAGUAGGCGAAAAGACUCUUCGAUGUUCCCUUAUAGGCAGCCAAGUUGUUUGGAAUAAAGAACUUCCACUUUGCCAACGAAUCCCCUGUUUCCCCCCUCCUGACAUUGCCAAUGGUGCACACACUGGCAGAGGUUUAGAUGAGUUUGACCAUGGCACAACAGUAACGUAUACCUGUAACCCUACUUUCUCCCUUAUUGGAAGCCGAACCAUUACGUGUUCAACUGCUGCAGAUGGUAGAAAUGGAGAGUGGCGUCCAGCUGCCCCUCAAUGUAAAGUUGUCAGCUGCCCUAGACCCUCUAUUAAGAAUGGAAUGUUGACAACUACAUUUCGACCUACAUAUGAAUAUAAUAAUCUUAUAAUGUAUGUUUGUGAACAUGGAUACACUCUGGUGGGGAGCGACAAUAGUAAAUGUGGGGCUGACAGCGUAUGGCAUCCUCCUCCUCCACAGUGUCUCAAGGGUAUUUUCACCACCACUGUUGAUCCGCCCCAAUCAGAGAAUAAAGAUACAACUUCUGAGACAGGAAUGGGGGGAGGAGGAGGAGGAGGAGUCACGCUGGACCCUGAAAUUGCUUCAACAGCAGACAAUCACUCAGGAUUUUUGGGAGGAUCUACACACAGUCCAGAGACAAAGCCGCCCAGAGAUGACACAGUACCUAACCGCUCCUCAGGAGUUAUUAUUGGAUCUGUGGUGGCUGUUUUAUUGGGGCUUUGUCUUAUUGCUGCAGGUUGGAAAUACAGAUCUUGCUUUAUAAAGGGAAAAACUGACCCUCCUUCUACCCCUCCUGAGUCUUACCAUCCAGUUUCGACUUGCACAGAAAUGGGAUUGGAACCCAAAGCAAACAAAUACUCUGCAUACUUAACCAAAAUAUCAAGGGUCAUGUUUACAACAAUGAGAGCGAUGAUGCUUGCAUGCGUGCUUCCCUUAUUAUGGGGCUUGAUGGAACUUCUGGCCAUUACUUUGGAAGAUCAAGGCAGCUGUGGCCCUCCACCUAGAUUAAACUUUGCUGAGCUAACUGACGAGUAUAAGCAAAAGAAUUUAUUUCCUGUUGGCUCGAUUGUGAAAUAUAUGUGCCGUCCAGGCUAUACUGGACUGAAGUACUCUAGUACAUGCCUGCAAAGCCUGGAAUGGUCCAACGUUCUGGAGCGCUGUAAAAGACAAUCUUGUGGACUUCCAGGGGAACCUGAUAAUGGGAGGUUGAUUGUGCCCCAAGAUAUUUUAUUUGGUUCCACUGUAAAUUACAUCUGCAACGAAGGGCACAGGUUAAUUGGUAGUACUUCCAGCAGAAAGUGUGUCAUAUUUGGCCGAAAAGUAGAGUGGACUAAUGAUGUUCCCCUUUGUCAGCGUAUUCCAUGCUUUCCACCACCAGAUGUUCCCCAUGGCAAGCACACUGGCAGGUUCAUGGAGGACUUCUUCUAUGGGACAGCUGUAACAUACACCUGUGAAAAAGGCCACCCCCUUGUCGGAAAUGCCACUAUUUACUGUACUACUAAGGAUGGAUUAAAUGGAAUUUGGAGUGGCCGUGCGUAUUGUGGAGUGACUCGCUGUCCAGCUCCUCAAAUUGAAAAUGGAAGAAUAUUAACUGGUUAUUCCGCCACCUACACAUAUAACCAAAGGGUGACAUUAGACUGCAAUGCUGGCCACAAAAUAGCUGGCUCAAGAGAGAUCCAUUGCCAAGUGGAUGGCACAUGGGAGCCUCCACUACCUCACUGUGAACAGGUCACUGGUUGUGUAAAUCCAGAAAUCCAGAAUGGAAGAAUAACAAGAUCUAGAGGGCAAGUUAAACCCAAAGAGACAAUAACAUUUGAGUGUGACCCUGGCUAUAUCCUGAAAGGCAACCACACAAUUCAGUGCCAAUUUGACAGCACAUGGGAUUCUCCUGUGCCCAUUUGUGUUAGGGUGAUUCAAUGCCAGCCACCCCCACAUGUUCAAAAUGGGAUAUACAACCAGGAAGCAGCAGUGUUUACUAAUGGAAUGUUUGUGAAAUACACAUGUGAACCUGGCUAUGGUCUAAUUGGAGAGGGGACUAUUUACUGCACAGCAUCUGGUACAUGGUCUUCCCCUGCCCCUCGCUGUGAAGGAGGUAGCUGUGCACCCCCACCCAGUUUACAAUUUGCUGAACUUCUCAAUGAGUAUAAAGAAAAUAAUUCCUUUCCUGUUGGCUCAGUUGUGAAAUACAUGUGCCGUCCAGGCUAUGCUAAGCAUCCCGGAUUGAAGGCCUCUCUUAUGUGCAUAAGAAAUCAGGAGUGGUCAGGAGUUCAGGAGUUCUGCAAAAGAAAAUCAUGUGGAUAUCCAGGAGAACCAGAUAAUGGCAGGCUGAUUGUAACAAAAGAUCUUUUAUUUGGUUCUACUAUAAAUUACACCUGCGAGGAAGGGUACAGGCUAGUUGGUCUAUCUUUCAGACAGUGUGUGAUAUCUGGCCUAAAAGCAGCAUGGACUGGUGAAACUGCUAUUUGUCUGCCUAUUUCAUGUUCCCCACCACCAGAUGUUCCCCAUGGCAAGCACAGUGGCAUGUAUAUAGAUGACUUCUUCUAUGGGACAGCUGUAUCAUACACCUGUGAAAAGCAUCACCCUCUUGUGGGAAAUUCCACUAUUUACUGUACUACCAAGGAUGGAUUAAAUGGUGUUUGGAGUGGCCGUGCAUAUUGUGGAGUGACUCAGUGUCCACCCCCUCAAGUAAGGAAUGGAAGGAUAGUAACUGGUUAUUCAGACACCUACACAUAUAACCAAAGGGUGACUUUAGACUGUAAUGCUGGCUACAAAAUAUCAGGAACAAGAGAGAUUCAUUGCCAAGUAGAUGGUACAUGGGACCCUCCUCUACCUCACUGUGAACUGGUAUCACAGUGCCCCUUGCCUCUGGAUAUACCCAAUGGAAAUCACAAUGGUUUUUCUGGGGAAGUGUUUACUUCUCAGAAGUCUGUAAAUUAUUCCUGUGAUCCUGGUUACUCACUCGUUGGAAAGGCAUCUAUUUCCUGCACAGCUUCUGGAGAGUGGAGCAGCCCUCUGCCACGUUGUGAAAUGCAGUGCCCCCCACCUCAAGUGGUCGCUCACGGGAAAUACAGCAGUCAGGAAGCAAAAGGUUUUACUAAUGGGGGGUUUGUAGAAUACAGUUGCGAUCCUGGAUACAGCAUUAUAGGAGAUGCCAGAAUUUUUUGUACAGCAUCCGGGUCUUGGAACUCCUCAGCGCCUAACUGCAAAGUCACUGGCUGUGUAAGUCCAAAAAUUCAGAAUGGAAGAAGAACAAUAUCUAUAGGGCAAGUUAAGCCCACAGAGACAAUUACAUUUGAAUGUGACUCUGGCUAUAUCCUGAAAGGCAACCAUACAAUUCAGUGCCAGUUUGACAGCACAUGGGAUUCUCCCACACCCAUCUGUGUAAGGGAAUUGCAGUGUCCCCCUCCUCUGCCUAUUCCAAAUGGCGAUCACAAUGGCCACGGGGAAGCUCAUUUUGCUACAGGAAGAUACGUAAAUUACACCUGUGACCGUGGCUACUUGUUACGUGGCAAGGCUUCCAGUCAGUGUACAGCCUCUGGAGCUUGGAGUCAGCCUUUACCCCAGUGUGAAGUAAUGCGUUGUCCACCUCCACCAAGCAUUGUACAUGGAAAGAAUAUAGGAGAAGACCUCACCUAUGGGAGUUCUGUAAUAUACAUUUGUGAUGCCGGUUAUUCCCUCGAUGGAGAGUAUCUGGUUACCUGUAUUUUGGAAGGCUCAAACACUGUGAACUGGACUAAACUUCCAAAAUGCAAAGGAUGCCCAGCACCUCAAGCAAUUGCCAAUGGGGAACGUGACCCUGAAGGUUUGGAAGAUUUUCCUUAUGGCUCCUCUGUGACGUAUCGUUGUGACCCUGACUACAUUCUUACUGGAGCUGCGACAAUACACUGUCUGUCUUCUGGAACAUGGGAUCAAUCUGUUCCUCAUUGUAAAAGGAAACAACCUUCCUCGUCUUUUAUCCUGUCAGAGAUUCGAUGCCAGCAACCCACAAAAAUCCAAAAUGGGGAUCACAGCCACCAGGAACUGUCAGUGUUUACUAGUGGAAUGUCUGUGAAAUACACGUGUGAGCCUGGCUACUCUCUAAAUGGAGAGGCAACUAUUUAUUGCACACCAUCUGGCACAUGGUCUUCCCCUGCUCCUCACUGCAAAAUGAUACAGUGCCCCUCGCCUCCAUAUGUCCAGCAUGGAAAUUACAGUGCACCAGAAUCAAUACAAUAUACCAAUGGGAAAUCUGUAAAUUACAGCUGUCAACCUGGUUAUGUACUAAUAGGGGAGGCAACACUGAAUUGCACAGCAUCUGGUGUGUGGAGUCUUCCUGUCCCACACUGUGAAUCAGUAGGCUGCACACUCCCACAGAUUUCUGGUGGCAAGAAGGAAAAAUCAGAAAUUGUGAUUCAGAUCGGAACUAAUGUGACUCUGGAAUGUGAGGAUGGUUAUGUCUUGAAAGGCAGUUCUCGCAUUCAGUGUCAGCCUGAUUUCACAUGGGAUCCUCCUGUGCCAGUUUGUAACCAAGGUUUUUAUGUCUCCAUAGCCACAGGCAUUGCAGGCUCUCUGGUUGGCGCCUUGCUUCUUUUGGUUGUUGCUGGUGCUUUCUGUGUAACUGUAAUUGUUUUGAAGCGGAACAAAGCUAAAUAUACUCCUGCAAGCAGCAGAAUAUAUGAAAGUCCACACCUUCAAGUAGCAUGAUCCAACUCUGAAAAAGGCUUCGUAUUUGCAGUAAUAGGUGAAAGUAACUGGAUGAACAGAUGCCAACAAAUAUACCUGCUUCUUUGGACCACUUGACACAAUCACUGCUUGGAAAGUGAAUACAAAUAUUUUGCCACUUCAAAAGAGGAACGCAUUAAUGUUUCAGUUUUUGCACUGCUCCUUACAGGUAGAAAUAUUCACUGUGGCUUUGAUAUGUUAACUUUUUUGUAUUUUCAAAAUAUAUAAUAUACAGUAACUUUACUUGUAAACUACCUUGUAGGAUUAAUAUUCUGAAAGGUCAGAAAUAAAAAAUUGUUAUAAAUAAAAUUAAAUUUAAAAAUUAUGUAUUUUGUUCUUAAUUCACAGCCAACUUGCAUUUGACAUAAUUGACUUAUUGCAGCAGGUACUGAAAUUCUUUGACGGUUGUGGCUGUUUUCAUUAAACAGCUGUAUGUAUCAUAAAUGGAGCCUACGUCUGCAAGAGAAGUUUGGCUUGGAAAAGUUUCAGAGAUUUCACUGGUCUACUCAAUGAAGUCACUCUACAGAUGUGGACAGUAGUAGGAAAGAUGUUUGACUUGGAAUGAUGCAGUCUUCCCUUUAUGAAGUGAUAGUCUUGAUCAACAUCUUGAUCAAUACUAAACUCUGGACAUAUAAAACUACUUUGUACAGAUAUAUACAUUUCUGUGGGCGUUUGUUGCUGCUUGAAAGUCACACCCUAUCU